AAUACAUUAUUGUGUAAUUCACAUACAAUAUGUAAAACACAUACAAUAAUGUGAUUUUUCUUUUUCGGCGUGGACAUAUACCUUACUUUUUAAUUUUUUUAAAUAUAACCGAACCUGUUGAAGCAUAUGAUAAAGCAUAACAUGAUAAUUAUAUAGUGCAUGAAACUUACUGUCGCCUUCAUGAUUCAACACUUCCAUAGCCUGAGUGCAAAGAAAUGCUCACUAGCGAACCUCGAGGGAAACCCAACAAGGCAACCGAAUGGGAAUAGGAUAUCUCAGAAGAGAACGAAAUACCUUCUGAGAAAUAGGACCCACUCAGGGUCGCUCUAGCCAAUCCUCACAUCUCUUAUAGACAGCAAACUCGAUUACCAUUUUUGCAAAGGGCCUCCGGGCAUGAAAAAUUAAUACAAAGAAAUUGUAAACAGACAAAUAUAAAUCGUUUCCUAAGGUUUGUCGACUUCUUUUCGAGCGAACUUGCGGAACCAGAGAGCUUACAUAUCGAUGACCUUAAUGUGAUAUAGAUACGCAACCUUGUGGAGUCAAUCAUCUCUUAUAAGAGACUCGCAUGUACCCCUUUGAGUAUAAGGGCACGUUGUACCACUGCGCGGCGUUCGGGUGCUAAUUUACGCAUGAAUUACGUAGCCUUAAGCGACAGAUGUACGUACGCACGUGAGUACACUACACGCCUACGUGCGUCACGCACAGUUUUCCACACUUUCGCCGUGUUCUAUAAGCGGUGUUACAUCAUUAGACCUAACCACCAUUUGACAAUAUUCUUCACGCGCAUCGAUAUUUCUUUCAGCUGAGUGAUACAGUUUUUUUAAUUAGACACAUCGUUAUACAACAGUCAUCGCGUUAACAGGAAUAAUAAAACUGCAACGUCUACCGACUAUAGAAGUAAUGGUGCAUUGUUGGACACACAUUGGAAUGGUAUUAAGCAACGGAAAGGUAAUCAAUGUGUACCUCCCUUCUUUAUACAUAAACAAUGAAAGAUGUAAUAAUCUACAUUUUUCACGCUUCCGCAAGCCGUUUGGAAAAUUAUUGCACUGUUACAUCCAACGUUUGAAAUUCAUUAAUAGACACGAAAUAUGAAAGAUGUUGCUAUUGUACGUAUGUAUGUAUAUUGUAAAGACGUUGUGUGACACUACAACAAAGUCGACGCAUAUAAUACUAAAGUGGUGGUUAGGUAGAAUUAUGUAACAGUUAUGGUUACCAUAAUAAUAAAUAGGGGUAUAUACCUUCGGGGAGGUAGGCACUAAGACGAACCCCUUAGUAAUUUUUCGACGACAAAAAUAACGGGCUGACCGUAAGACCAGACCAGAAGUCGAACCUGGGACCUUCCGCUUACCAGGUGAAUGCUCUUCCAACUGAAUUAUCCGGGCUCAAAGGUUACCCGUAAAGUUACCCGUAAAACUUAUAGCCAUUAACAUAAAAGUACAUCUAUUUCUAAGGAAAAAAUAUACGAUGUAUUUCGCUAAUCUUGGUAAUAUCAUUUUUAUUGAUUUAUUCGUUUUAUAGUUGAGGCGGGAGAAAAUCGAGGAAAUUUAUUCUCUUUAUUUACUACGCACAUCUAUUUCCCCCUUGCCGCUGCUUUAUGAAUUUUUUACACCUGCUAUUUAUCCCACGGCAAACUAAACGUCACCUUUACAAUUAUCUUAUAAGUCUAGGAAAGAAAAAUUCAUCGUCUACCUAAACUCGAUACAUGGAGGGGGAAACACAGUUUUGUAGCGUUAAUCCUGACAUACGCAUUUUAGCUUUCGUGGAAGAUGGACUUCGCUGGAGAACGGUAUUAUAAGCUGAAUAGAAUUCUUCUGUUGGCCCUCGGUCUGUGGCCUGAUCAAAUUUCAACUUUCAAGAGUAUACAAAUAAUCUUUUUCCAAACGUUAUUUAUAUCCUUUCUAAUAUGCCAGUGCAUUCCAUUUUUUGUAAAGCAGUACAACCUCAAGUGUAUUAUAAAAAUGUUGUCGCAUGUUUUUCUUACUUGUAUGUUUAUUAUAAACUAUAACGUAGGCCUUUUCUUCAGCGAUAAGAUCAAAUAUAUCUUCGAUAGUGUUCGAUACGAUUGGAAUAUGGUAGAAGCUCAGGAAGAAGUGCAAGUUUUACGAAAAUAUGCAAACGACGCAAAAUUCCAUACUGUCUUUGUUUUUCUUAUGGGUACUUGCUUUUCAUUGGGAUUACCAUUAAUAAUUUGUCUACCGCUUAUACUUGAUGUGAUAAUACCAAUGAAUGAAUCACGACCGCGACAAACAAUAAUUAAUGUGGAAUAUUUUGUUGAUGAGGAAACGUACUUUCUCGCUAUUUGGACACAUAUUUGCAUACAUUUUUAUGCUGGAUUCAUAACAAUAAUGGCUAUUACAACAAUAAUAUUGGCAUACAUUUCACACAUUUGCGCUUUGUUUAGAAUCUCUAGCUAUCGAAUGGAACACAUAUUUGACAAAAACGUACAACUCCUGCUAAAGGACAUUAAACAAUCUGUAGUUUAUAACAGUUUAAUAAAUGCUGUACAUGUUCAUCGUAGAGCUCUGGAUUCAGUCAAUAUUAUGCUAAACAGUUUUUCACCAAUAUAUCUCCUAUUAUUAGUACUUAUUUUGCCUUCAACGAGUCUCAGUAUUUUCAACUUAAUUAAUGCGGUAACAUCCCCGGAAAUAGUGGAAUUAAUAAUGUGCGGAUCCAUUUUAUUUUUACAUUUAUAUAGUAUUUUUCUGGGAAAUUAUAUUGGACAGGACAUUAUAGAUAACAGCACCGACAUUUGUCAAGCGACGUAUAAUGCACAGUGGUAUGCUGCGCCAUUAGGUAUACAAAAAUUAAUACUACUCAUAAUACAAAGAAGUAACAAAAGGUGUACUCUAUUAAUUGGAGGUUUAUUUGACGCGUCAUUAGAAGGUUUCAGUACACUCCUAAGUAUGUGUGUAUCCUAUCUUAUGGUACUUCAAUCCGUGGGACCACACAAAGAGAGCGGAAAGAAGUAAUAAUUACGUUUAAGUAUCCGAGCCGUAGGUCUACGAUAUGUAAAGUACAUUUUACUUGUACUUUUCUACGUAUUCGUUAAUAAAAUCAAGUAAAAUAAAAAUAGUACAAUGCAGUUUCUUUAUUUUUGGAAAUUAUUGGUAUUGUGUCAUAGAUUUAGAUAUUUAAUAUAAUUUAC